CACGGCGGCCAGACAUAAUUAGGAACCCAACACCAUGCUCAGAACUAAUUUGGUUUUGGUUCUGCUAGCUUGCAGUGCAGCCAACAUGGCAGAAGCAAAGCCUAUCUUUUUAAAGGUUUUUGCGCCCAGCGGAAGCUAUUCCAGUGGCAGUUACCGGAGUUCCGUGGCGGCCUCGCCCGUUGACAGCCAACUGAUCUCAAGCCUCAUUUCUUCCAAAAUUCAGCUGCUGAACAGCGUACUGCAGGCCAAGACUUCGGCGGGGGGGUUUAACAUUGGCUUCAACAAGUUUGUGACUUUUUCCAGCACAACCACGACAGAAAAACCCGUGACACACCACACUACCGAGGUAAACACAGAUUUUACUCCGGAUGAUACGUCUUUUAGCACUACUCAACUCGUCUACACGACAACCACAGAAGGUGCUGUCAAAACGCCGAGCCCCACAAAUCACCCCGAGCAUCCAGUCUCUACCAGCACGACUUCAGUGAUUCCAAUCGAGAGCACCACAGAAGUUUCUGAAUACACCACCACGGCUACAGCAACCGCUGGCUACUCAUAUCGCACUCCCACUUCCCGCCCUACUACUAGCUCAGUGGAAAUCCAUUAUUUACCUGCUUUCCCUGGGCAAAGCCAAUUAUGAGUCGAUAUAACAUAGUCUUAGCCAUAUUCCAAAUUCAGAUAACUACACUGCUAAAAAAGCAUAUUAAAUGUCACUACUUCAUGGUCGAUUUAAUUACUUUUCCUAAAUAUUUAGAAUCAUACAUGAAAAAAGUAAAUAUAAAUAUGUCGCAUAGUUAUUUUUAUCUUAUUAUGCGCAUAGUAAAUUCAAAGAUUUUUGUAUUUAAUUUAAUUUAAGUAUGCUAAAAUAGUUAAAAACAUUUAAUUUAAAUAUGCAGCGUAGUAAACACUAGAACUUUUAUCAUAUUUAUGUUCAACAUUUGAACUUCAAUUUUAUAAAAAUUAAUAUUUAAUUCAAAUUGAGUUCAUAUUAAAAAAAAGAAUAAUCCAUAUUUAAGUUUAACAUAUGUCUUUGCAAUCUAAAAGUGAUAAUAUUAUUUAA